AUGGCGGCGGCGAGCGGCGGCGUGCGGUGGCCGCGGUGGCGGCCGGCGGCAGCCGCGGGCCUAGCCCGGGCGGUUCGCGGCUUCUGCUGCAGCGGGAGGGCGGCGAAGGAGGAGCCGCUGCGGGCCGAGCAGCUGGCGGAGCGGCUGAGGGCAGGGAAGAUCGAGGAGAAGCAGCGGGAGAUCCCCAGAGACCCCGCGCAAAGGCGGCUGCGGGAGCUGGCGGCGCUGAGCAAGCGGCUGCAGCAAGUUCACCCCAACGUCCUGGCUAAAGUGCUGAAGGAGAGAACCGUGUAUCAAAACGAGGAGAUCGUGGUGAUCAACAAACCCUACGGCCUCCCCGUCCACGGUGGCCCUGGGAUCAAGAAUUGCAUCGCUGAUGUGCUGCCAAUUUUGGCCAAGAUGUUGGAGAAUAGAAUGAAAAGUGAACCCCUUCACCUCUGCCACCGGCUGGACAAAGAGACCACGGGGGUGAUGGUGCUGGCACGGAACAAGGAGGUGGCUGACAGGAUCCGGCUUCUCUUCAAAACUCGUCAGGUGGAGAAGACCUACUGGGCAAUUAGCCUGGGGAACCCAGACCCCACCGAGGGCACCGUGGAGAUCCCCAUUGUGGAGAAGGAGGUGCAGAGCCACCAGCCUCACUACAAGAUGACACUGGCCCCCAACUAUCGCCUGUCUCCAGAGGACGGGAGGGUGGUGAAGAUCCGGAAGAACCGCAACGCCGAGACGGCCGUGACGCGGUACCGCCUCCUGGCCCACUCUGCUGCCUGCUCUCUGCUGGAGCUCCAGCCCAUCACAGGUGUGAAGCACCAGAUCCGGGUUCACUUGGCCUAUGGGUUGGGGUGCCCCAUCCUGGGGGAUCACAAAUAUUCACACUGGAGCAAGCUGGCACCUCAGAAGCUUCCUGAAAUCACCUUGAAGAGGCUGAAGCUGGAGCAGAGCAAGGCUCGCUACCUCCCCCUCCACCUCCAUGCCCACCGGCUCUCCCUGCCCCUGGGCCAGCAGAUAGACCUCGUUUGCAAGCCACCCCUCUUCUUCCAAAAGGCUCUGAAGAGGCUGGAGCUGGAUUUCACUAAAGACUAA